UCCUCUAUUCUUAUCAACAACCUUCUUAACUGUGGAAACCUAUCUGUCCUUCUGGUAUCUCAACCUAAAAUACAAUUAAAUCUCCAAACCCUAGCUGCAUGCCAUAAUUCUCUCCAACUCGCAGACCAAGCUGCUGUUCCGAAGGAAGGAUCGAGAACAAGCUUUCUAUCUCUGGUUUGGUCUGCGAGUCCUGUUUCGAAAAUGGCGUGGCAGCCGCUGCUUAGUUGGAUCAUGUCUUCUUCUUCUUCCUCUUCUUCCUCUUCAUAUUCAUCGUCAGAGUAUGAAUCUGACUAUGACGAUGAUAUUUGUCAUCAUGACCCCGGCAACAACAAUGUCCGUCAAGCACAAAAGGGUCACAAUGUUGAUGAUCAUGAAGACGAUGACGAUGAAAACGACGUUUCAUACGAACCCCAUGAGGCCGAGCAUGAGGACGAAGUGGAGGAACCAAAAUCCAGCUCCACCUCCGACUACAGCUUCACAAUAUACGAGCCCCGUGCGAAACGACGGCAUAUUGACCAUGCAAACGAGGCAUUAACGUCCGUCCAAGAGGAAAAGAAGCGGCGGGGUAAGAGGGUUUGGAGUAAGGGGGACGAGCUUGAGCUGUUGCGUGGCUUUCUUGACUACUACGGCACCAGAAAAACCAGAAUUACCAAGGCCACCGCUAAGGAAACGGCGUUGUUUUACGACGAAAUCAAACCGAGGUUAAAGCUCCAAUGCAGCAAGACAAAAAUGGUGGAAAAGCUGAGAAGACUAAAGAGGAAGUACCACAAUGUCCUGAAGAAAAUGAACGAAAUCAACUCCUCCGGGAAAGAGUUCCGGUUUAAAAACGCACACGACAAUGCGGUUUUCAAGCUUUCGCAUAAGAUUUGGAACGUCGAAAAAACCAGAAAUAAUUGUGUCGUAGAAUCGCAUAACAAUAAUGUCAUGGUGAAGAGGGAGGAGGACAAUGUGGCGGCGAGUAGUAGCGUUGCGGAUCAUGAGAGGCCAACGACAUCGUUUGAUGAGAAUAAUAACGUUACUAAUGUGGAUGAUAACAUGAAUAAUGGUCAUGAUGUGAGAGGGUUGAUAGUAGGGUUGGCUAUGAAUCCAAUGCCUCUGAGUUUGAGAGGUAAAAUGGGAAGUGGCGGCGGCGGCGGAGUCGGAGAAUUGGUGGAGGAUGAGAAGUGGAGGCAGCAGCAGAUUUUGGAGUUGGAGGCUUAUGAAAAGAGGUUGGAUUUGGUGCAGCAUCAGGUUAAGGCAGCUUUGGAGGAAUUGAGGUCCAAGGGAGGAGCUUAGUUUCUAAGAUUGUUUUUGUUGUUGAAUAGGAUAGAAAAGUUUGCUUGUUAAUCUUGAUUUGGUAGAGAAAUUGUUACCUAAUGCUUCCUGAAAAAAACACCUAUGAAAUUGAAUUAACUUUUUGUGAUGGGACAUUCAGGUGUGAUGGAAUUUCGUU